UUGACAGGUGGCCGUUGUUGUAAUCACAUUUCGUGGUUGACAUCAAACAAAGUUUGGAUCAGUGAUACACAAUACAGACUCUCUUUGACAAACACACAAGGUGUCGAUCUCCACAAAAUAGAGGAUUUAUAUCAUGAUGAAGAGUCCUAUAGUGAUUUUUACGGAGCACACACUGUUACCCAUGAGAGUGAAUUGUUUUACUUAGAUAUGAGUUGUAAUAUCAACAAACUGUCAAAGGAUAUGAAAACAAUCAUCACUUUCAUAAAGAACACGGACUCUACAUGGAUACCACUGAGUUUGCACUGGUCCCCGUCCACUAGGGAUCUACUGGUCGGUAUGUAUAGAAAGGAACCGCUGACAGGCAAGGUAAGCCGGUAUAACCAGAAUGGCCAACUAACACAGGUUAUACAAAACGACAACACUGGACAGUUGCUGUAUACCCUUCCUAACUAUAUAACAGAAAACAAUAAUGGGGAUAUCGUGGUAUCUAACUUUGACUACUAUCCAUCUUGGUCUGGUGCUGUAGUGGUGACAGACCGUGGAGGAAGAUAUCGUUUCUCAUACAUUGGGCAUCCACCAGAGAUAGGAUUAGAGCCAUUGGGAGUUUGCACUGAUGCGCUGUCACAUAUUCUAGUCUGUGAUAAAGGAACGGCCACAGUGCAAAUGUUAGACAGGGACGGUCAGUUCCUGUCACAUCUACUGAGAAGACCACCUGGGAUAUUUACACCAUGCAGCCUAAGUUAUGAUAGAAGCACUCACCGUCUCUGGGUUGGAUCUCACAACAACAACAAAGUGGUUGUAUUUAGGUAUAUAGACCGUCAGAACGUUUUGACAGAUUCUAAAGAGUCACCGAGAGAAAUCUCAACCACAGAGAUAGAAGCAGCACAACAAGGAAACGAAAAUCUAUUCAAAAUGGCAGUUUCUCCUAAGUCAAUCCACUUUUUCCAAACAAAAGAUGUCGAUUGUUGUUAUCACAUUUCCUGUGUGACACCAAACCGGGUCUGGGUCAGUGACCAUCGAGGCGAUCUCGUCUUAUUAACCGCAACAAACGUUGUUUUACAUCGGAUGGCGAAUUUAUUAUGCAGGCAUUCAAAUAGAGGCUUUGGGUUACACACAGUGAACAGUGAGGGUGAAUUAAUUUAUAUAGAUAUAUCUUUUAACAUCAAUAAACUGUUAACAGAUAUGACAACAAUCACAAGGUUUAUAGGGAGAAGAGACUCUACAUGGAAACCACUGUGUGUGUACUCAUCCCCACAUACUGGGGAUCUACUGGUUGCUUUGUAUAGAGAGAACACAAAUACAGGUAAAGUAAACAGGUACAACAUGAGCGGGCAUCUGACACAAACCAUAAAACAUGACAACACAGGGCUUGAACUUUAUAGUGGUCCUCGCUUUAUUACAGAAAACAAUAAUGGAGAUGUUGUGGUGUCUGACUUUGAUUAAAUGUGUGGUGCUGUAGUGGUGACAGAGCGUGGAGGAAAACAUCGUUUCUCCUACAAAGAUCUUGCACAUCGAUCUAGACAAAAGUCGAUGAUGCCUUCUCCCUUCGCAUUAUAUAGAACUGGAUCAGGAAUCAAUCCAUUCGGAAUCUGCACCGACGCGCUGUCACAUAUUCUAGUGUGUGAUGCCAGAACCAACACAGUACAUAUGUUAGAUAAGAACGGUCAGUUUCUUUCACUUCUACUGGACUUAAACAUAUCCACACCUCGAUGCCUGGGCUAUGAUUUCAACACUCACCGUCUCUGGGUUGGGUCAGAUCUCAAAAGUAUUGUAUAUGUCAAUAAGUGCAUAGACAAAUACACUGACAGAUGAAUGUCUGUGAUGGGUAUGAUUUGUCCACCCAGGACCAAUGCCAGAAUGGAGAUUGCUUAGAUGUUAACAAUUAAUACAUAUAUAUUUUUUGUACAGAUAUAAUCUCUUGUCAAAACCACACAUUUGGUUUGCCACUUUCUGAAGCUGGCAUUCACCUGUAUGUAAUAUGUAUGGAUAACAAUAAUUUGUCCUGUUUCUGAGCGAAAAAAAAUUAAAUACGUUUAUUUUUGUUAACAUAGAAGAAUGAACCAGAUGAUUAUAUUGUGUAGUGAAAUUAAUGUUUAGUAAUAAAUGAACGAAUGUUAUUUUUUAAUCAAUUUUUAGAAUCAUUUUGCUUUGUUAAACAUGUCAUGAUAUAUAGCAUUAGUCACAAAUUGCCGUUGCUACGGGUUUUACGUACUUGAAGUGAUUGAGAGUGUACAUGUAAAGUAAGGCUAACGAACGUUUGACGUGCCAGUCGUAGAUGUCACGUAAAAUUGUGUUUGGAGACAGGCUGCCACUUUCAACGCGCAAUACUCGUAGGAACCGUACUGGGGUCUUACUAUUUACGUGCAACAAACGUACGCGUGUCUUGAUCACGACAGUAAUACUAUAAGAGUCGUACGUCAUUACAACGGACGUCAUUUGUGCUUUACUACAGCUGCACGGACUAUUUGUUUUUCACAUUAAACUACGAAUAAGUGUUUUUCAUAAGAUAUGUACUGAAUGUUAUCUACUGUAAAAAAGUGAAUAUUAAAAGGUCAAAAGAACUCGGAAAGCAGACUUUUUUGGCAUUGCUACUUUGGUGUCUUAGCCUUGCUACACUUGACGAAAAAAUUUAUCUUUCUUAUCUGAGACCAUGAAAAAUUGAAAAUUUCUCUGACAUCAAGAAGAAAUUUGCCACAAAAGAAUUUGUCGGGAUUUAUGUAUAAUUUUUAAAUGAAUAUUACCCUAACUAAUUUCACAUCUUUAAAUCUAUUACAUUUUUGUGCUGUUGUGGUUUUAGUACCACUCCACGCCCCUUAAAAUCAAAACCUUUGGCAAACAAAGAUGAACUUUUAAUAGAAAGUAAAUCUCUACAACGAAUACUUCUGCUUAUACAAAUGAGCUUUGAGAUUUCUUUGAUUUUGAAAAUCAAAGUCUACAUAUUGGUAUUCUGAUUUUUUAAUUAUGAAAACACUUUUGGAAUAGAGUUCAUGGUUAUAAUGUAUAGUAAUUGAUAUGUUCAACAUAGAGAGAGGACUCUGUUUGCGAACAAAUAUAGUCACACUUGCUAAAAUAAGUAGUACAAUACUAAUUUGAUAGUUUUAUAAAAAAAAAAUUGUCCUACUAUAACUUUGUCUAGUAGGAUGUGUUGCAGUUUUGUAUUUGUAGUUUAAGUUAAAAAUAUCGUUCUAAGCGUUAACAUCAUUUGUUGUCUCCUUAAGGCAAAAAUGUUUAUGUUUAAAUCUUACCACACUUGCAAGUCCAAGUGAUUGAUAUUGUUUUCUACAGUUUACCUAUAUAUCCUUUUUUUUGUUCUGUUUGUCUUUUUUGUCGUUCACCUUCAUGUAAAAAAAAAAACGUGAUUGUUUAUGUUUUUAGAGGGUAGUCAGUAAACGAGUUGAUUUCAUUUUGGUGAAUUGUAAGUUUGUUUCCGAGAUAAAAAAAAAGCAAAAAAAAACAGGCAAAUAUGGUAUUUAAGGCUUUUUUUUUAAAUUUCAUUUUGAACAAAAUGGCAUUUCUUAAAUCCU